AAUUGAUUAAAAUAAAAAAAUUGAUUUGAAAAAAUAAAAACGGUAAAAUACACGCAAAUGUACGUAAAUAAAAAUAAAACGACAUUAAAAUCGACUAAAAUACGCGAAUCCGAGAUGAAAACAAAUAAUAUCACAUGAAAAUAAGCUUAAAAAUUUUUUAAAAAUAAAAUACCGCAAAAUGCGACGAAAAACACACAAUUUCACCCCCCAAAAAAAUUUAAACACCCGAAAACGAGGAAAAACACGAAUUACGAGUUGAAUUUACGAGAAAAACGGCCAAAAAUUGAAUAAUAAUAAAAAACCACCCCAAAAAAUUCAAAAACGUGUUAAAAAUACGUAAAAAUAUGUUUAAAAAAAUUCAAAUCAACAAAAAACACGAAUCACGAGUAAAAAAACAAUAAAAAAUACACAAAAAUACGUGAUAACGCUCGAAAAUGACGGAAAACACCGGAUUUCACUCCCCAAAAAAAAUUUAAACACCCGAAAACGAGGAAAAACACGAAUUACGAGUUGAAUUUACGAGAAAAACAGGUCAAAAAUACUAGAAAAUCGGCGAAAAUCGAAAAAAUAAUAAAAAAACCACCCGAAAACGAGGAAAAACACGAAUUACGAGUUGAAUUUACGAGAAAAACAGGUAAAAAAUACUAGAAAAUCGGCGAAAAUUGAAAAAAUAAUAAAAAAACCACCCCAAAAAAUGUUGAAACGAUCAAAAAAUCAAUAAAAUAUGCAAAAUUACACGAAAAUACGCUUAAAAAAUGUUUAAAAAGACAAAAACAUGCAAAAAUAUGAUUAAAAACACACGAAGACCAAUGAAAACACGCAAAAAUGCGACGAAAAACACACGAUUUCACCCCCCAAAAAAUUUAAAACACCCGAAAAUGUGCCGAAAAAAUUUAGAACGCCCGAAAAUCAAUAAAAAACACGCGAAUUACGAUAAAAAUUGAUGAAAAAACAUGUAAAUAUUAUGAAUAAAAUUAAAAAUGUGUAGGUACUUACUUCGUAGCUUUCCAUUUCUGAUUUUUGAUAAGUUCUAAAAAUUGAAUACAAAUAAUCACGAAAUUUAAAAAAUUUAAUUAAUUCCAAGUAUGAAAUUAAAAUGAAAUUAAAAUGAUCACGAAAUUUAAAAAUUCAAUUAAUUCAAAAUUCAAAAAGUGAAAUAAAAAUAUUGCUGUAGAUACUUUAUUACUGGUAGGUAUUUUAUUUGAUUACUAAGAAAUUAUGAAGAGAAGACUUGCUCUUGAUGCUAAUGUUUUAAACAGACUAAAUUUGAUCAGAGAUGCACUAGUAUAUUUUUCCUACAAAUCUAACAAAAAUCCUUUACAAUUCGGUGGUAAAUGUAAAACGGAGACCCGUUUUCUUUAAAGUUUUCGGCCACUAGGAAAAAAUCUUGCUCUCACAGGAGCAAAUUGAAAAAAAUCAGCUCUCGCAGGAGCAAACAUUUCUGAGCCAGAAAUUUACACGCAAAUCCACCCCUCGCAGGAGCCACAGGAGCACAGGAAGCAUUGCUCCUGCGGGGGGUGGCUCAGAACCGGCGAAACUCCCCUACUGACGCGGGUUUUUAUACAUUGUUACUAGACGAUAAUUAUUUUUGUAUUGGAAUCUUCUAAUCUGUGAGUACCUCUAUUUAUCAUAUUAUCGUAAAAUUAGCAGACGAACGUCUUGGUCAAUACGUGAAAAAGUUCUCCUACGAGUAAUUUCCAUCCAUAAGCAAAACUCUAACCAGUAUCAUCUCAAACUCAACCUCACAACCUCAACUUCUACUCAAUGUUAUUUUGAGAAGUCAUGUUUUGAUUUUUUUCCCCCUUUUAAUUCUCAAUUUCAGUUAACAUUUACCACCUCCCCCCUCCGAAACAAAUAAAAAUACAAUUCACCUGAUUAGGUAAAUAAUACUUAGGUAGGUAGUAGGUACCAAUUAAUAAAAUUUCAUUUCAAUUCUCUGCUACAGGAUCAAGAUGCAUUAUCAGCAGCACGUGAUCGUACUCACCUGCAUUAUUAUGAUAAUCAGACAAUGCAGACCACUGGUUUCGCUUUCUUUCAUAACCUUCUCCCAGUCAGAAUUCUUUAGCAUCGAGUCAUCAAACAUUGCAAAUGCAUACAAGCAAAUAAAUCAAGCCCAUGUACCGAGCACAAAUUUUCUUUGGACCAUCGCCCCUUUAUCAGUACUUCUGUUUCCGGCUCCGGACAGCUUCAGAAGUAAAUCAUUCCUAAUCUAUGGCACAGUUCUGGAAUUUUUCCGCUCAUAUUUGUUCAGCUUGUCUUACGAUAAUUUAUCAAUUAAAGCGGCUCUACCUCGAGUGAAUUCAAUUUUCGAGAUAUUUUUCUCGAUAAGUACUGUCGUGUAUUGUGCUUACUUGUACACCAAAGUUGAUGACAGACAAAUACAUCAUAAGAUUACAUUUUACGUCUAUGCUUCCAUCCUGAUGGGUGGUUUUUUCAAUAAUUACAUCCUGAAUCAGGCUACGAAUUCGAAAAGAAGUUAUUUCGAGAUGGACUCGAAUCACAUCGCUGUGCCAGUAAUCGUUUUCAUGAUAUUCUUGCUAAUUCCUAAAGAUGACAAAGAAAAAGAUAUAAAAAAAGAUCUCGCUGCUGCUGAUCGAUUUCUAAAGGAAACUUAUUACGAGGAAGAGGUAAUUUUCCAGAGAGACCCAUUUUGGAGGAUAUUGUGGUACGAUUUCAAAGACAUUUUUAGCCUGAAAGAUGUGCAGAAAUGGUCCAUGUGUUGGUGGCUCAGUGACACUUUACAAAAUGGGGUGGCUCAAGAUUUCAUGAAUUUCAUUCUGAUGUCUGUACCAGUUGAUCAUACUCUGGAGGCUACGAGAUGGUUCAAUGAGAUGAAUUCGUUGGAGUUAUUAUUGAGUGCUGUGGUCAUUGCUAUAAUAUCUCAAUGCAAUAUUAUGUGGAAAAACUACAUCGAUUGGAUUGUUUGUUAUGGUCCAUUUUAUUACGUGAUGUGGGGUUUGGUCAGAGAAACUGAUCCAUUGUUGGUUACAUCGUUUCUUUACAUCAUUUCUGGAAUCAUCACUCGAGUCACUUUUGUCAUCUCGUUAUCUCAGUUAGCCAAGUACGUUCCUUCAUCUAAACAUCUGUUGGUCUUUUGUUUCAACUCGAUGUUCGGUCUGGCUUUGAAAAUAGCUUUCCAGAUAUCCUACGAAAAAUUUUAUUACACUGAUGCCAUUUUUAGAGUUCUUUUAGUGAUCAUGGUAGCAGCAAUUGGGAAAAAAAUGUUUACUUCACUAACAAAAUUCAAGCCUAGAAAUAUGGAAGAUUAUUAAGAACGUUCAAUUUACCUACCUAUCCAGAAAGUGUUAACUACCCAUUUAGGUAGGUAUCAAAAUGAAUUAUGAAACAUGUGCGUAGGUACGAUUUGUUGUGCAGGUAUAAAGAUACCUAAUCUCAUUAUCAAGAAGACUAUUUUGUUGUUUUUUAUUUCAAUUAAUUAAAGAUAAAUUUUAUUUUAUAAGAAUGUUUUUAUUUUUUUACAAUUACACGUUUGAA